AUGCCUCCUGCAGAUGACGAUUUCGACAUUUACGGCGAGGACGACGGAUUCAACAACGUGAAAGUCGAUGACGAGAACCAAGAAGAUUUCCAGAUUGAGUCCGAAGAAAAGCCUUCUUCUGAGGCGGCCACGCACUCGCCCGUCGUCGGCGAGAAGCGGCUACGGGAAGAAGACGAGCCGGAGCAUCGACGCGACGGGCCGAACGACGGCGGCGCGCCAGGCUACAAAUCCGAAUCUUCGCCUGCCCCCGGACAGAACGGCAACAAUGCACAUAGUGGCCAGACGAACAGCAGCAACGCCAACGCUGCCGGAUCCGGGGUGGGUGGCGCUGGUUCGGGGCAGCACGACGCGCUGUACAUUGGGGAUCUGCAAUGGUGGACGACUGAUGAGGAUCUGCGGCAAGUCGCGCACAGCCUUGGGGUCAACAUUGACCACAAGGACAUCACCUUCUCGGAGCAUAAGGUGAACGGGAAGAGCAAAGGUGUCGCAUAUGUCGAGUGCCACAACCCGGAAAAUGCCACCAUCCUCAAGAACUGGUUUGAUAAUAACGACUUCCAAAACCGACGAGCUUCGGCAAACUACACAACUUCAGUAAACGGCAACCCGUUCCGGACGCUCCCCAAAGAACCCCCUCCGCGCGAACAGCGGCAGCCAUACAACAACGUGCAAGGCGGGAACAUGGGCCGCGGCGGUGGAAACUUCCGCGGAGGCAUGGCCGGCAACGCAGGUGGCAUAAACAACAUGAUGAACCAGCCCAUCCGCGGCGGAAUGGUAGGCGGCGGCAUGCGCGGAGGAAUGCCCAACAUGAUGAAUAACUUCGGCAUGGGUGGCUUCGGCAUGGGCGGAUUCGUCGGGAAUGCCAUGGCUGGCGGUGCCGGCUUUGGUGGGGGACGGGGUGGGAUGAUCCCACAAGGCCCUCGAGGCGGCGGGUUGAUGGGUGGGGGAGGAAACUUCGGCGGGGGACGGGGAGGAGGCAUGAUGGGCGGAAUGGGGAUGGGCGGCAUGAUGCCUAUGGCUGGUCGUGGCGGCUUUGCUGGCGUCCAGGGCCACUUCAACCCCGCAUUCAUGCAGAGCGGGGGUGGCGGCGGCGGCGGCGGCGGCCAAUUUGGGCAAGACGGCCCGCGGAAGAGGUUCAAGAUGGAGGAGAGCGGGUGA